GAAGCUUUCACAGACGCUACGCUGUAGCAUGUUUAGCUAGGCCGAAACAUGGCUUGGAUAUGUAGAAUUUUCCUCAGUUGUCUUCGGCGUUACGUAUAAAAGUAAACGAAAGAUAACUCGAGCCGCUAAAUAAACCUUUAAAACACCAUGUUUAAUUUGUGAGGACAUGCACAGCAGUUUACGUCUCGCUUUCGCCGUCUUGUCGCUUGGGUUUUUGGCGCUAACGCCGAGAGCUAGUCCGACAGAUGAGCAAACUGAGGUUCCUUCAGCGGAUGUUGUUAAUGGAAAGGAACGGAGUGAACCCACAUAUACUGAAGUCGCAAAUACUGGGACUGAGUUUGCAGACGAGCUGACUUCCAACACUGGUAGGCCUACUGUUCAACAAGAGGAGGGACCUCAAGUUCCGACCCCUGCUCCGAGUCACUACGAAGAAGUAGACUCCCACUCGCCUGAGUCCACCGUUGCUGAAGUCGGAACAACUGUGACUAACCCAGAAGAUGAGCUAACGCCUAACAAUGAUACUGUUCAACUACCGGAGCAACCUACAAUUCCAGAAGUUAGCGCUCGUAAGGCAUGUUUCUGCAAUUUAACUCCGGAAUUCUGUGACAUCGGCUGUUGCUGUGACAAUGUCGAUUGUGACGUAGCUGACCUGAGUACUGUCUUCACGGGAUGUCAUCGGGAACCCAAGUCACAAGUGUGCAUAGAGAAAUGGCUGGUGUUUGGCGCCAACGUGGAACCAUCUUUAAUCACCGUAUCCGAAUCUUUGUUUUGUAUUCAAACUCCAGUUCAUUUCAAGGCCCCCACUGCUCCGCUUCAGCUUCCACCUUUAGGCGACUCUUAUCACUUCUCACCACCGCACCCGAUAAGCGUCAGCCACAGCAGACAUUUUUAUCGGGUGGACGAUGUCAUCCAGACGUACUUCGCCACGACCUCCGUGCGAGGGCUUCUCCGUCAGCCGUCUCCGGGAGCGACCAGUGCGAUCUGUCUUAAUCGUAACCCUGCACGCUUCUUAAGGUCCGAGUCGCUGUCUUGUACUCGAGUUGUAACCCCCGAAUCGUGUACCAAAGACCCAAAUCUCAACGCGCUCUCCUACUACUCAGACAUGAAUUUGAUUCAAAUUCCAAAACCUGCUCAAGAACAGAUUUCAGACCUUUUGAUCCCAGUCACUCCACUUUCUGAAUGGCCGACGCCAAGUGAGCUAAACAACAUGUGUAUUAACGUGGCAAAAAAGGUGGAGUUUGUCAUCGUGUACACAGACAGAGGAAUUCUGGCAAAUGUGACGGUUAAUGUCAUUUUAGCAAACGUGAGCAAGACCGAGAUGAUGCAGCAGGUGCACUCGAUCCAAUUCAAGCUGGGCAAUCCUCAAACGACUCCUUUGCCAACCAUUCCCUCAACUGGACUUCGUGUGGACUCCAGUGUUCUCGGUGACUUUAGUGGAAAAGUCAAACCUGUAACGGUCAUGGGGAUGUCGCAAGAUGGCGAGUGCUCCUCAGACCCCUCCACUCGGGUGGACGUCCGAUUCAUGCAAAACUCACUCACUAGCUGCAGGUUUAGUUCCGAUUCCAGUGACUGCAACGAGUUGCGUUCCCAAAUCGGCAGCAUCCUGCAGGGAGCUGCUAUUCCCGACCUGAUCGCCAUGAGCUCGGGCUCCCGUCCCGACUGGACCAGAGUUCUCAAGCAGGAAUGUCGCGUCGACUCUGAGGAAACAUGCGCCUCAGGCUGCAACCUCCCACACCUGCUUUCUGUGCAAGUGUUGUGGGCUCACAUGGGGCUCCUAGACCUUCCUCAGAGUUACAUCCUGGGAGUUAAAUACCAAUUCCGCUGUAAAAUGUUUCAGUGUCCUGUGUCAUUACCCGUCACCCUCACCACAGAGGUGGCGUUCGCCGACAUGACUGUGUACCCUAAACCAAUUCUGCAGUUUGGCUCACCUUGACUUGACGACUUCAGCUCGGCUUCUUCACCUGAAGGAGAUGCUGCCACGACGAAGGAUGCGAGAACGUCUCUUUCUAGCAGGAUUUGAAUUCUGUACGCAUUGACGGUGAUAGAUGAAGCGGUGCUGCUCUAAAAAUGAGCUUAUUUUACAUUGACCACACAGUAAUGUUGGCUAAAGUGAAUCUUUUUUUUUUUGUUUUUAAAUAAAAAAAAAAUAAAAACAAGCAUGUGUGUAUACACUAAUACGUAUAGGCUGAAGGCUGCCCUUUACAGGCAACACAGGCACCAAUAAGUCAGUGCUCUAUAAUUCUGCAAUUAAUUAAUGAGCUCUGAUAGAAAAAAAAAGGGCUUCGGAGAUCGAUAUACUGGUCCUUACUACAUAGCUACCAAUUUUGAAAACUGUUAGAUUAGACAUCUUUUGCCAUCAAUGGCAUCCAAUGAGUUAAUAGCAAAUAUUUUCUUUUUCAUUUUAAAGCAUCACUUGAUAACUUUUCAGUUUUAGCCAAUUUUAGCGAAGCCGGUGGACAAAUGCAGUAGCGUUUUCCUUGAGGACCAGCGCUCACCCGCAUAGUGUCGUAAAAUCAUGAUGGUCGCCUGCAUAUGGAUUAAGCAACAUUUGUUUCCGGUGGCUGUGUGAAGGAUGCAAGGUAAUGAAUCCAGUUGUGGCUAAACAAUAGCAUAUGACGUUUAGCACCCGUGUGGCUAACCCCCUACCCCACCCGAACCCGUUGUGUGUGUGUGUGUGUGUGUGUGUGUGUGUGUGGGGUAAUGCCAGCGAGUGAAAGCCGGGCCAAUGUUUAUUCUGUAAAUCCUGGUAGACGCCCGUUCUUUUUUGGUCCUCCUGUUGCUCUGCCAGCUUUGCAAAAUUCGCGCGAAAGCUUUAGCAUUGACUUCAGUCUUUAUAAUAAAUGGGGACAGGGGGAAGUGACGUAUGCCUUAAAGCAGUCAGCAGAUUUGUAGUUUUUUUUGUGUGUGUGUGGCAGGGUUCCCGCCACCCUCCAAGUUAAUUAGCGCUGAUGAAAGCGAUACAGACCCCCUCCAGGUAAAAAAGAGGUGUCAUUCAACUAGUUGUCAGUCGACAUAUUACAAAUGUUAUGAAAACAUUUUAUAAAAGUUGAAAAGUUACCUUGUGUUGAUUUUAUUUAAAUUUUGAUAUAGAAAAAGUAAAUAUUCUCAAUAGCCACGU